AUGGAAGAUAUCCGACCCACCGCGAAAUGGGCAAAUCGCAUGUUGCGCCCUUUAACGUCUAUCUACCAUCGAUUAGAAAAGCAUAAUGAGAUUGUUACAAGUGUACUGGUUUCCAAGGCGCGGGAGAAGGAGAAGGCCAGCGCUGCCCCGGAUGCCGAACAACGGACGCGUCCCUCUAGAAAGGCGGGCGUCACCGCCGGCGCGACAUCAACGACGACGACAAAGCGAGGAUGCAGCUACUCGGACGACGAGGAACCGAACGAUCCGGCCUGGGUCCCUGGGAAACCGAUGGAUAAACGGAGGAUACGGCAUAAUUACUCGACCCGGGGGCGGGGGGCUAAUGGGGCAGGGCCGCGCAGACGCAGCCGAUUGUUGAUUCGGAGUCCGGAGGCGCCGAAAACACUUCCUGGAGCUAUUGAAAUCGCGACGCCCUUGAUUACGGGCAAGAUUCGCGGUGCGUUGGCGGAGUCUUCGCCGUCGCUGAGGAUGCAGCUUUUUCAGGGCUAUUUAGCGGACGGAGUGCAUAACGGCCCAGGGGAACCUGCGGAGAAUCGAAAACCAGCCCGAACGAAGAAUAGCAGUUUUAGGCCGUAUCACGGGUCCUGGAAGGAGGUUUUGGAUCAAUCUGGGGAUCCGGGGCUUGCGGAUAUUGCCCAUUUAUUGGAUCGCAUCUUUUUGAAAUUUUUGGGAAAUACUCGACCUUCACCGCCAGAGGGUCAAGAGGAUGGUCCCCAGAAAGGAGCUCGAUCUUUGUUGUCAAUGACUGUGCGGCGCCUUCCAGAGUUCAUUGCCGAGGAGCAGCGGAUACAGGAUGAAUCGGAGGAGGACGGUGAUGUGGAUAUGUGCGACGCAUAUUUUACGGAACUGGAGGCCGCUUAUGCGUCAAGCGGUAACGGAUGGCUACCACUUCGCGAGGCUGUACGUGCCCAAGGAAUCUAUUUGAUCUCGGGUAUGAUACAGCAGCGGUGGAUAACCUCACAUGCGGCCUGUCGAUUGUUAGAUGAGUGUUUAUCGCAACAGGAAUUAGACGCUUUCGAGUCGCUACAGACAAAACUGCUGGCGAGCGUUGAUGAGUACCAUUACCCAUCGAGGCUCGAUCCUGCACAACCGUCUGGUCACUGCGACGAUCCUAUUCAAAUACUAGGGAAAUACUAUCUACAGCAUCCCGCACGGCACACAUAUGUGUUUGAGGAGCUGACUAGGCUCUUGACGCGGGGGGCUAUGCCGCCAGAAUGGAUGGUAACUAUGUGGUGGAAGAAGUCUGUGGAUAAGGCGAUAAAGCUGGUGUCAACGGAGGGUCGCGGGUACGCCGCAGCCAGGCGAUUGAUAGAGGCUGUGAUCCUCUCAUCCGCCGGUAUCUUUUCAAAGUACGAUUCAAAGGUGCUUCUGAAAGAAAACCUCAAUGAGGCACCACGUACAAUACGACCUCGAGGGACUCGGACAUCCACAUCCCUGAUGUCAUGGUUAUCAAACAAUCAGAGCUCGUGUCCCAUCCCGAUUCAAGACGCUCUCAGCAAUCUCGUCUCCAGCCUCCUAACAGCCCUUUGUGGAAUGUGCAUUGCACGAUCACAAGCGCCUGAUGUGGUUGAAAGCUCUGCGGUGUUGAAGACGCGAGACAUGGUCAACCAUCUAGCGUUUACCGUUCAGCGGGCUGUUGGAAACGGCGCUGUAGUUCGCGAAGUGGAGCAGCAGGUUUUCCAAUCUUUACGACGAGGAUAUGUGCUGCUGGCGGACUGCACGCUCCAGUGUGGCAGGAGCGUAACUCCCGAGAUCAUCUACCACUCUGAGUCAGUUUCAAGGCGAAACAUUGAAUCCUUCUUCCAGACGUUGGCAGCCCGAGAAGAUGUCGUAAGGGACUUGGCAAGGCUUGUGUCUCAGGUGUUUCACCAUUCAGGACACGCGCAGAAUCGAGCCCUUAUGCGCACCCCUCGAGAAAUCCGAGCCAGGGUCUCACAGCUCGCUCACUUGACCGGCGCCACGGGAGUUAUUUUCCUACUAGGCAAAGUUGCCGUCGAAGUCGCAAUGGCACUUGCGGAGGGAACCCUAGACCCCGAUGACCAUACCUGGGCCGUUGAAAUCCAAGAAACGGUCGCUUCUUCUCAACAGGGCGAUGGCUUUCAACAGUCGCCCUCAUCGAGCCAAGAACACUCGAGCUUAUACCGGUGGGAAGAUAGUAUAGGCGAAUGGGUGGCACGGACGCCAGCGGCAAAGCCACGGGUCGCCACGACCAAUAUCGCCACGAGACCGCAGGUGCGAAGAAGAGGACGGCCGCGGAUUAUUGCGUGCUCGACGAGUAGCUCUUCUGCAAGCUCGAUAUGCUCGGAAAAGAGCAUUUCAAGUGUUACAUCGUCAGCGCCAUCUGUCUCGAGGAAGAGGCCUUGUACGAGUCAAGAUUCGGACCCCCGGCCGUUCAAGAAGACUUAUAACACCCGAUCUGCGGAGCGUGGGGUGGGUAAAGAGAGCGAUUGGAGCAACAGUCCCGACGGUUCACCAUGUCAGUUUCCAUCUGGAGCAGGGCACGUUCCGGUAGCCGCCCGUACAAGAACGGCAGUCAAAGACGAGUUGCGACAGACGUCGGCGGGCCAGGAGGGUGCCACUCGCAGUCGCAGAACAGGAAACACUCCUGUGGGACCAAUCCCAGCAAUUGAAGUCGUCAUUGUCAACAAGAAUUCGCGGGAAUCGGAGUACGAAGCAACACCUAAAGAUCAUACCAAGCCAGUUAAACGGCCCGCCCAUCACCCCUCUAUCAUUCCAAGGGCGAGUAUCAAUUAUUCUGACAGGCGGCGGUCAGCUCCAGCUCCAAUUAUACGGAGAAGGACGGCGGCGACGAUCCCCUAUUCGCAGGAUGAUGACAGUGAUGAUGAGCUUAGCUUUCUCUAA